GGCGGCGGGCGCCAUGGCGGGCGUCAUGGCGGGAGUGCGGACCCUCCUGUCGUCGUCGUCCCUCCUGGCCGCCCCGCUCCGGGCCUACACCGCCGGUGCUCCCUUUGAAUACAUCCUGAUGGAAAAGAAGGGCAAGAGCGGUAACGUGGGAUUCAUCCAACUGAACCGUCCCAAGGCCCUGAAUGCCCUCUGCAACGGCCUGAUGGUGGAGAUCAACCGGGCGCUGGACGACUUUGAGAAGGACCCGGCCGUCGGCGCCAUCGUCCUCACGGGCACGGAGAAAGUCUUCGCCGCCGGAGCGGAUAUCAAGGAGAUGCAGAACCAGACUUUCCAAGAGUGUUACAGCGGCAGGUUCCUCAGCCAGUGGGAUCGCCUCUCCCGGGUCAGGAAGCCAGUCAUAGCGGCCGUCAACGGUUAUGCCCUUGGAGGAGGCUGUGAGAUUGCCAUGAUGUGUGAUAUCAUCUAUGCUGGGGAGAAAGCCCAGUUUAGCCAGCCGGAGAUCCUGCUGGGGACCAUCCCAGGGGCCGGGGGAACGCAGAGACUCACCCGUGCCGUUGGGAAGUCGUUGGCGAUGGAGAUGGUUCUCACCGGAGACCGGAUCUCCGCUCAGGAAGCCAAGCAAGCAGGCCUCGUGAGCAAAAUUUUUCCCGUCGAGAAGCUGGUGGAAGAAGCCAUCCAGUGCGGGGAGAAGAUCGCCAGCAAUUCGAAAAUCAUAACGAUGAUAGCCAAAGAAUCAGUGAACGCCGCAUUCGAGAUGACGUUAGCAGAGGGAAGUAAGUUGGAAAAGAGACUCUUCUAUUCAACCUUUGCCACGGAUGACAGGAAGGAAGGAAUGAGCGCCUUCGUGGAGAAGAGAAAGGCCAACUUCAAAGACCACUGACCGUUAGCUGACGCGUCCUAAUCGCUGUGGAAUUGGCAUUAGAGUGUGUCUCUUCCCCUUUAGAAUGGCUGGAUUAAAAAGCAAAAAUCAGUCUCUGACAGAUAAAAUUGAGAUCGCCCAACGUGCCUAAAACCCACAAGACUGCAGCAUUCUUCAAGAGUGAGAGAGCCGUGUCCUGGCCCUGGGCCUUUUCGUAACCGGGUUCUGGAAUUCAAGGUUGUGUUUCAAAGGCACCGAAGUAAUUCGCCUUAGUCUUUCUGUCCCCUGCUGAUCGUUUAGCUCCGGAAUCAGGAGCAUUUUAGCAUUCGGAUGUAAAGGUAUCGCUGGCCCUCAGAGAUCCUGCUAGGUACAUUUUUAAUGAUCAUCAAGAAAGCGUCUCUUAAUUUCAGGAACGGAAGGUUCAUUUUCGUAGACUUCUCGGUUUGGUGUGGAAAAAUAUCAUCGACGCUGUUUGAUCGUUGGGGGAUUCAGAGCCGCCUGAAUUUGAUUUGAUCCUAAAUCCAUUGUGCUGACUUAUUAAAUAGUGAUACCGAGAUUCCCUUUC